GCCUGCGCUUUUGCAGAAACGGCAGCGUGUAGCUGGGUGGUAGGCGUCUCUUCUUUCCGGUUAGUUAUACGGGCCGGGCGGUGGUACGGUGACAGUGUAACACGUAUGUGCAUGUUGGAUGUCAGGGUUGUCAGCGAGAUGAAGUUAGUGGUAAAGUUGGUUCUGUCGCUACUCGUCGAUCGGUCGUACUCUUUCGGUGGUCUAUCUUUUGCUCGAUCGUUCGAUCUUGCAAACGCACCGUUGGGCGUUACGCGUGUGUAUACGGCUAGUUUAGGAUGCUGAUUGUAAAAUAAAAUGUCGAAGAAAGCAAAGACAAACACGGGGUUUCGACGUUGCGUCGUCGUACGAAAGCUUGAUCCAUUUUCGAUGUAACAUCGUUAACAUCGAACCGAGAUUCUUCAAGUCCGGCGACUCGAACAGCAUUUAAAUGGUCUGAUAUGCAAACGCGACGAACAGCAUGUUCAUCGAGAAACGAGAGAAAAGGAAAUCCAGCUUCGAACGUGCAUAUCGCUCAAUACUGGCAAACAGAUAUCUUCUAUUGUUUCUUGGCUUCGCUACGGCAAAUAUUAAUAUUUGCAAUGCAAAACAAAUAGAUACCGAUGGCUUUCAGCGGGGUUGCAAGCUCGAGGGACUACAUCCACUUCUGAUCGUCACGUAUAAAAAUAUUACCGUAUCUGUUGACAAGAUCACCGUACCGCACGGAGAACGUGUCACUAUAAGAUGCAGGGAAUUAGGUAAAUACAAACUGAUCGGUGAUUCUUUGCUGCAUUGUCGUAACACGAGUUGGACUGGUAAACUACCCUAUUGCUCUCCAACUACAGCGAUCUCAAAUUAUACCGGAGACACAGAAGACGUACCGCCAACGAUAGUUUUUGGACUUCCAACUGGUUCGGCUGCCGUCGAACCAUCGGGUGCUCUAGCCGUUUUUCCUGGUAGCAUUCUUCACUUGGAAUGUCUUUUUGCUAGGAAACUUGGUAAUCCAGAAUGGACUUGGACCUCGACGUUUCGUCAGUAUUUGACCGGCUGGGCGAUUUCUGCUCGCGAAAGAGACUGGAAGUAUCGACUAUCGAUAUAUUAUGCAAAAACUCAAGAUUCCGGGGUGUACACGUGUUCUACACCCCGUGGCCUAUCCAACUCCAUACGUGUUCGAAUUGUUGACGUACAAUGCCCCGUAUUGAGUCUACCGGAACCACCGUUGAUUGGGAAAAUCGAAGGCGCGCAUAUGGGUCACGGAGCAGUGUUCGAGUGUCCUGUUGGAUUCAGAUUAGAAGGUGCAGCUGGCAUAACGUGUCAGUAUAACGGUAAAUGGUCCGCCGAUGUACCACGAUGCGAAACGAUAGAAUGUCCACCUAUGGACAUCGUUAGUGACGCUUGGUUGCAACUUAUCGAGUAUAACAAUAGCUUUGGCGGAAAAGCAGUAUUUGCGUGUAUGUGGGGUCAUAAAUUAUUGGGAUCGCAGAGCAUAGAGUGCCAAGGAGAUGGUUCGUGGAGCGGAGCUAUGCCUAUUUGUGCUGAAAUUACCUGCCCACCUCCAUCGAUACCGAAAAGCGGACGUAUCGUCGAACAAACGAAUCGUCAUCACUCGGGACGAAAGCAACAUCAGCAGCAGCAGCAGCAGCAGCGUAUUCGCGCGUACAAAGUUGGCGCUCUCGUCCGAUUUGCUUGCUUACCUGGUCACCAGCUCUUGGGUGAGGCCUCUAUAAUAUGUACGGAGAAUGGAACUUGGUCUCAUCCGUCACCGGUUUGUAAAGUGAGGUGUCCUUAUCCGGGAGAUCCGCCUCAUGGACGAAUUGCACCGCUAAAAUUUUGGUACAAACCUGGCGAUAAUAUACAGGUGACGUGUUCGCCUGGAUACGUAACACCUUUGGAACCUGUAAGGAAACCAACGUGUCGAGAAAACGGUAUAUGGAGCGCACCACCGCCUCCGUGCAGAUCGUACAAAGACGUAUAAAAUAAAGGAAUACAAUCGCUACUGACGAUAUUAAAACGCCUUAACAAGCGAAACAGAAUCGUAUACAGCCGGACAAACAGACGGACUGACAGAAUGAAUAUUAUGUCAAAUUUGGAGAAGAUUUUCUGAUUAGGUUAAUGUGAAAAUAUCAUCGGCGGAAGGUUCUUCGUGAAACGGACGAUACAUAUCAUCAACGAAACUCCGUUAAAUUUCUCUCCUAUUUUCAUUAGUGACAUUCGUUCGAAUACGUUCGAAACGAUUCCAAGUCGCGCGAUGUUUAAUCUCGAGAAUUUUUAAUAAUCGCCAGACACUUAUUGGUGUCGUCACAUCGUGAAAACGGACGGAUGAAAAGCAACAACGACUCUUGAAAACUAACGAUAAGAGCAAAAAGUAGUAGUGAACUCGAUGAUGGAGAAGAAGAGAAAAAAAAAAUCGAUACAAUAAAUGAACGCAAAAGAGAUCGUUACGAUACCUAAGGAUAAGGAUUCUUACUCAUAAAUAAAAAAAUAGUACAGAUUUUCGCAUCAACCCUCCUUCCCCUC